AUGGCUUCCUCUCCUCGAAUGGAGGAAAAAUUCGCUCCAGCAAAACGCGUCGCCGGGCAGAAGCAAGACGUCUGGUCGAUCGUGAAUGAAGCUGCUGCUGCAUCGCCAGUCCAACCGAUUGGCUACAAUCCUCCUCAGUUCGUUUUAGAUGCUGCAAAGUCUGCGCUGGACCGUGUCGAAUGCAACCAGUACUCGCCAACGAAGGGACGCCCACGAUUGAAGAAGGCGAUCGCGGAUGCCUAUUCCCCUUUCUUUGGGAGAAAGCUUGAUCCCGAGAGCGAAGUCACGAUCACCACUGGCGCCAACGAAGGCAUGCUCAGUGCGUUCAUGGGCUUCAUCGAGCCAGGCGAUGAAGUCAUCAUCUUCGAACCCUUCUUCGACCAAUAUCUCUCCAACAUCGAAAUGGCCGGCGGCACCAUAAAAUACGUCCCUCUCCACCCCCCAGAAGACGGCGGGACACGCACCUCCUCCGCCGCCAACUGGAGCAUCGACUUCACCGAACUCGAAGCCGCCAUCACGCCCAAAACCAAAAUGAUGGUGCUCAACUCCCCCCACAAUCCGGUCGGCAAAGUCUUCUCCAAAUCCGAACUCACCCGCAUCGGCGACCUUUGCCUAAAACACGACAUCCUGAUCCUCUCCGACGAAGUCUACGACCGGCUCUACUACGUCCCCUUCACCCGCAUCGGCACCCUCUCGCCCGAACUCGCCCAGAUAACCCUCACCGUCGGCAGCGCCGGCAAGAACUUCUACUGCACCGGCUGGCGCGUCGGCUACCCGCUCCAGGAAGCCGCCGCCGUCGGCUUCGAACAGGCCGACGCCCACCGCUUCUGGGACUCGUCCGUGCGCGAGAUGGAAGGCAAGGUCGCGCGUUUCUGCCACGUCUUCGACGAGCUCCGCCUCCCCUACUCCCAGCCCGAGGGCGGCUAUUUCGUGCUCGCCAACCUGGCCAAGGUCAAACUACCCGACGGCUACGAUUUCCCCGAGCAUGUCAGGCAUCGGCCGCGCGAUUUUCGCAUGGCCUGGUUCUUGAUCAUGGAGUUGGGCGUUGCGGCGAUUCCGCCGAGCGAGUUCUAUACCCAGGCGAGGGAGAAGGUGGCGGAGGAUUGGAUGCGGUUUGCGGUUUGUAAGGAGGAUGCGGUGUUGGAGACGGCGAAGGAGAGGUUGAGGGGGUUGAGGAGGUAUAUUGAAGAGUGA